GUCAAAAACUAGUUUUGAUUCAACAGAGUGAUGAUCUCCUACCGCGUGAACAGGUGAAAAGGUCAUUCAAUUUUCUAUAAAUUUCUCUACCUGUAAUUUCGUCGAACACGCAGUGUGCUCAAUUCUCUGCUCUUUCUUCCUCUGCUUAAACAACCCCAAAAUACUCCCACCAAACUUCUUCACUACUUCUUUCUUACUUAUCAUAAAAACUAUCACUUUCAAUUUUUAGCAGAAAAAAACAAGAAUGUGGGGAUCAAACUUUGAGAAAUUUAAUGUUUCAGUAAAUCUGGUGUUUUUGUUCUUUACUGCAACAUUUUUUCAGGGUAUUUUCUGUGAAUCCCAGAAUCAUGGUGGUUCUUCUGCAAUCAAUAGCUUUGAUCUAAGUGCUGUUUUUCGUGUUCAAGGAAACGUUUAUCCUGAUGGGUAUUUUUACACUACCUUAAAUAUAGGCACUCCUCCUAGACCUUAUCAUCUUGAUAUUGAUACUGGCAGCGACCUCACAUGGGUCAACUGUGAUGCACCGUGUGUGAAUUGUCCCAAGAGUCCUCACAAGCCUUACAAACCCCAGGGUAAUAAUGCUCUUCCAUGUAAGCAUUCCCUGUGUGCCGUCCUGCAACAUUCUUCUUCAAACUAUCCUUGCCACAAUCCUAGCGAUCAAUGUGACUAUGAAGUUGAGUAUGCUGAUCAUGGUUCAUCUAUUGGAGUACUGGUGAGGGACAACUUCCCCCUUCAAUACUUGAAUGGUUCCACUUCACAUACUCCUCUGGUUUUUGGUUGUGGCUAUGAUCAAGAUCUCUCUAGUUCAACCGAACCUCCUUUCGUGGAUGGAGUUCUUGGGCUGGCAAAUGGAAAAUCCAGUAUCUUGUCUCAACUUAAUGACUUAAAAGUGACCAAAAACGUGUUUGGCCAUUGCUUGAGUGACCAAGGAGGAGGUUACCUGUUUUUAGGGGACACACUAAUUCCUUCUGGAACUGUUUGGGUACCGAUGUUGAAAAAACAAGUUGGGAAUUACUACUCAAUAGGACCUGCAGAGCUGCUCCUUGAUGGGAAAAACGUUUUCAAGGGUGGUCUUUCCUUUGUUCUUGACAGUGGAAGUACCUAUACUUACUUGAGUAGUAAAGUUUACGAAGCUGCAUUAUCCACGAUUAAGAAAAACAUCAACCAAAAGGAGCUAAAGAUGGCUCCUGAGGAUAAAACACUUCCAAUAUGUUGGAAAGGUGUAAAACCUUUCAAAUCCAUCAAUGAUGUCAAAAAGUUUUUCAAGCAUUUGGCAUUGAGAUUCUCGAAACCGAGUAACGCAAUGCUGGAUAUGUCACCGGAGGCUUAUCUUAUUGUCAAUAAACUUGGCAAUGUGUGCUUGGGGAUAUUGAAUGGUGCUGAGGCAGGGCUGGAUAAUCUCAAUGUUCUUGGAGAUAUUUCACUGCUGAACAAGAUGAUGAUUUACAACAACGAUAAAUCCCAGAUUGGAUGGACAACUGUAAACUGUGACAGGCUUCCAAACUUGGAUCGUGACAGUGACAUAGAUUUUUAUCGCUCGGAGUACGGCUAUGAUGAGCUAUAGCAUGAUCCAGGGAGUUAUACUGAAUCUCAACAGGUGAAGAAGCUGUUCUGUAGUGAAGAUGGUAAAUAGACAAACUUAUAAUUGAUAAAGUUGUAAAUUUGUAAUCUUCCUACGUAGGAAGCCUUGGUUUUGAUGUAAAUGAUUAUAGCUUACCCAAGGUAUAUAUGGACACAAUUACUAUUUGGACUUGUUGCAUGAAGAUACCAAAAAUUUACUCAAUGCUGCUAUGAUUGGUAAUAACUGCAUUUUUCUUUGCACUGCAGUUAUACUGUUAUAGUUUGAAUUUGAACCUGCUGAUUAAUUAGUAUUUAUAUGAUGAAAUUUUGACAUAUUUCAUCAUAGUUUUCUUAUGAUUUA